AUGACUUCCAAGGAUAAGAAGCUUCGGAUCGCGAGCCUGGGGAGCUCCUUCGCCGCGGGCCCUGGCAUCCCCCCGCAAAUUGAACCCCUUUCUGCCGCGCGCUCCGGGCAAAAUUACCCUCAUCUCCUAGCCAAGGAGCUAGAUGCAGAUCUCACCGACCUAUCAGUCUCCGGCGCAACCUUACUCAACAUCACAGUUGAUCCACAAAACGCACCCUUCGGAAAUGACAUCUUCCCACCUCAAAUUCAGUCAGUGCCCGAGGAUGCAGACAUCAUCACUGUCACCGCCGGCGGAAAUGACAUCGGCUAUAUUGGCAACAUGAUGCAGGACGCUGCGUCCGCAACUAUGCUAGGUUCAGUUGCCAUCACCGUCAUACGGGGUGUGAAGUCCAUUGCAUCUAUGUUUUCCCAAUCGACAGUACAAACGACUACUCUCCUCUCGCCAGAGGAAUUAGCUGAGAGACUAGGUGACACCCUUGAUAAGAUACACGCAAGAGCCCCGAAGGCACGCAUCUAUAUGGUCGAAUAUGUUGCGGUUCUGGGUCCUUCUACAAAGCCUCGCAUUGACAUCCCUUUUGAUCAAGAAAGGAUUGACCAUCAUUCUCAAGUGGCAUCUACAUUGCAGAAUGCUUUUGUGGUGGCGACAGCGACAAGAUCGGAUUGGUGUGAAAGGGUACCAAUCCAUGAGCUUAGUUUGAAACACGCCCUUGGUAGCGAUGAGCCUUGGGUUGGUGGCUUUAAUUUGUCCUCCGUUAUGCAAAAAGGACCUGUUCUUCACCCUAAUCUUGAUGGAAUGAAGGCGGUUGCUGGCAUUUUACUUGAAACGAUUCGGAAGGACACGCCAGGACAGGCUGAAUAA